AUGUCUGGUCAUAAGCAAUUUUAGCGUAUUAACUUGUAAAUCAUUAAAACCUACAAAUUACAACGCUUCCCAAUAAUUUCAAUAUGCCUUGAUCAUUAAUAAGGGAACGAACGUUUGUAUUUUGGGACAUGUGAGGAACCAUCCAAUCGGUUAGUGUCAUUUCAUGAUUUGAACUUGUUUGUUAAUAAAGCUUUUUAUUUUCUUCAUAGGAACACUCAGGAAGUCUAUUAAGGUCUUAUCCCCAUCAUGUAUUAUGCUUUUUAUAGAAACCAAUUUACGAAUAUGACAUUUUUUGGACCUCCUGGAAUAUCUCAAUUUAUCAUGUAAACCAAAUAUAUGCUUGGAGUACGCAGUUUAGCUUUUGGGGCAAUGGAUUUGAAUAAGGAAAUGAUAAUAAAACAAUAGAAAUUUGGAAUAGGAAAUAAAAUGUAAUUCUUAGAAUUGAUCAAAACCUAAGUUGAGAGUCAGACUUCUAAUUUAGAGUCAAUUAAUUAAUAUGUCCGGGAAUAAACUCAUCAAUAUGUGGUUCCAAAAGAAUUCGUGGAUUAGAAUAAAUAUGUAGCAUUGCAAUAUUCUAAAGUAAAAUCUUUGUUUGGAAAUAAUCCUAAUCUUACUCAAUAUCUAGUGACUUUUAAAGUUGAGUAACAAAUAGAUUAUGAAAAAUGUAGAAACCUAAACAUUCCUCUAAGUCGGAUUCCUGAUAUCAAAGAAGGAAGGUAUUUUAUCAAUAACAAAUAAAUGACUAUAGAAGAUGUGAAAAAAUUUAAUCCCUAAUUGCUGUAAUAAGCCAUUCUCCUUUUGGAUUUUAAGACUGAAGAAGAAGUUGAAGACUUUGCUUCAAACAUCUUUGAGCAAUUGCAAGAUGAAUUAAAAAUAUACAGAGACGAAUUCAAGAAAUUCAAUCAAAAUGCAGAUUUGAAUCAGACACUCGUAAUUGUUCAUUAUGCUGAUAAGGAAUUGUUGGAUUCAUAGAAAUAUCAAAAUAUAAUUGAAAACCUUAAGAAAUUAAAUUAUAAAUUAGUCCAUAUUAUAACUUCCUAAGAAUAUUAUUGUGAGUUGGAUCUAGUAAGUAAGAAGGAUUUGGGCAGAGAACACUUUGGAUAUUAUUAUCUCGAUUUUUUAAAAUUUAUGAAAACCAAUUUGCCUGCUUUAUUUAGAGGAUAAGAACAAGUGAAUCAAUUUUAAAUUAAUCAAAAUAUGACAGAUCUCAAAUCAUUAUGGCCAAAUGAGUCAAAAUAUAUUCCUAUGAGGAUGAAAACAAUUUAGAUUAUCAGUGGAACCCUAUAUUAUGAAGAUUUGAAAGUAAAGAGAUAGGUUUCUUAUUCAUUAUAAAAAGAAGAGAAGCAGUUAUUAAUUAGAUUGUGUAAGGAGAUUUCAUAAACCUAAAAUAAGAGCUAUGAAGUUUUGAUGUUAGGAACAUCAUCUUCUAUUGAAAAUUAAUCUAGAAAUGCGAGUGGAAUACAUGUUAAAAUCAAUAACGUUGGAAUAUUGAUGGAUUGUGGAUAGAAUACAUUAAACUAAUUUUACUUUAGUUGUUAGGAUGAUGGAGAUUUCAAAUAGAAAAUAAGCGAUUUAUAAGUCAUUUAUAUAUCUCAUUCUCACAACGAUCACCAUUAAGGUCUAUAUGAUUUUAUUAAACAUAAGUGUGCUGUGUCAAAAGAACCAUUUUUUUUGUUGCUCCCAAAACCAAUUUAUCUCUGGUACUCUUAACUAUUUACAAACUUAUUUAGAGAAGAAUUUGGGAUGAAAAGCUAUGUAAAUUAAGUCAAAAUAGUAUUCACAGAUGCUUUAAUCAGUUCAAAUUUUUAGGAAAAAGCUUAGCCUAAAUAAAAAAAAACAUUUAAUGUAAAUCAGUUAGAAUCUGAGGAAUUUCCUGAAAUUAAUUUUUCCUCUAAAUUUGAUAACAAUUUAAAUAAAACCGAAUUUUAGGAGUUUCUUUAGUACAAACAGUUACAUUUGGAUAUAGAAAUGACUUAACAUUGUUAAUAUAGUACUGCAAUUAAAAUGAGUUCUAAUGGAAAAACAUUGGUUUAUUCAAGCGAUCGCUUGGGACAACUAACUAAAUUCGGUACUAAAUUUUCAAAAUUUGCAAAAGAUUGUGAUCUAUUAAUUCAUGAAUGCACAUAUCCAGAUGAGAUGGUUGAAAAAGCUUUAUCUGCUAAACAUUCUACAUUUUUAUAAGCUUUCUUCAAUGGCUACUAAUUGAAUGCAAAGAAUUUAGUAAUGACUCAUUUUACUGAAAGAAGUCUUUUCUAUUUAAAGCAAUUCUUUCAUGCAGAUGGAAAUUUAAACAUACCUGCCUUCAAGAAGUUAUUAGAAUCAUAAUCUAUUAUGUCUUCUUAGCCAUUUAAUAUUGAUGAUGCUGUCCAAUAUUUAGAAAAUAAUGUUGUAUUUGCUUGUGACUUUAUGAAUUUUGGAGAUGGAAAUAUUGAUAAGUUAAGCCAAAUAUCACGUAUAAUUGUAAAAAGCCUUCUUCCUUGA